UGUGCCUGGGCAGCGGGCGGAGCCGCCGCCGCUGCCGGAGCCGCUCCGCGCGUUGGAGGCUGCGUUCCGCUCGGCUCCGUUUCGCAGCAGCUGCCGGCAGGGAGGGAGGCAGGCGGGCGCCGCCCGCGCCGCGCCGAUGGGUCUGUUCCCGCUCCUCUGGGCGUGUGCGGCCGCCGCCGGGGCAGCUGUAGGAUUUGGAACGGAUCCUGACUUACAAAUUGAUAUCAUCACAGAACUGGAUCUCAUGAAUACAACCAUUGGGGUAACACAAGUGCCAGGACUGCACAAUGCCAGCAAAGCAUUUUUAUUUCAAGAUACAGAAAGAGAAAUCCAUGCAGCACCCCAUGUGAGUGAGAAGUUGGUUCAGCUCUUUCGGAAUAAAACUGAGUUCACGUUUCUGGUGACCCUUCAACAGAAGGCAUCGACUUCAGGAGUUAUACUGUCCAUCCGGGAGUUAGAGCACAGCUAUUUUGAACUGGAGAGCAGUGGCUUACGGGAUGAGAUUAGAUAUCACUACAGGUUUAAUGGGAAGUCAAGAACAGAGGUGUUCCCAUAUCGCCUGGCAGAUGGACAGUGGCACAGGAUUGCAGUGUCUCUUAGUGCAUCCCACCUUCUUCUCCAUGUGGACUGCAACAGGAUUUAUGAACGCAUCAUUGAUCCCCCAGAAACAAAUCUGAUACCUGAAAGUAAUUUAUGGCUUGGACAGAGGAACAGGAAACAUGGUUUCUUUAAGGGUGUUAUUCAAGAUGUGAAAGUUGUCUUUAUACCUAAUGGAUAUAUAACGCAGUGUCCUAAUCUGAAUCGCACAUGCCCAACCUGCAGUGAUUUCUUAAGCCUGGUGCAAGGAAUCAUGGAUUUACAAGAACUCCUGGCGAAAAUGACUGCAAAACUAAAUUAUGCGGAAACAAGACUGAGUCGAUUGGAAGACUGUCACUGUGAGAAGACUUGUCAAGUAAAUGGAUUGAUCUAUAGAGACAAAGAUUCUUGGGUUGAAGAUGAUCAUUGCAGGAACUGCACGUGCAAAAGUGGAGCUGUGGAAUGUCGAAGGAUGUCCUGUCCCCCUCUUGAUUGCCCUCCUGAUGCUCUCCCAGUGCAUGUGGAUAGCCUGUGCUGUAAAGUAUGCAAGGCAAAGUGUAUCUACGGAGGCAAAGUGCUAGCAGAAGGUCAACGAGUAUUAGCUAAGAGCUGCAGGGAAUGUCAAAAUGGAGUUUUGGUAAAAGUAACAGAGACUUGUCCACCACUGAACUGCUCAGAAAAAGAUCAUGUACUUCCGGAGAACCAGUGUUGCAGUGUUUGCAGAGGCCAUAACUUCUGUGCAGAAGGAUACAGAUGUGGUGAAAAUUCAGAGUGCAAAAACUGGAACACAAAGGCUACAUGUGAAUGCAAGAAUGGUUAUCUCUCUGUCCAGGGGGACUCCACAUAUUGUGAAGAUAUUGAUGAGUGUGCUGCCAAGAUGCAUUACUGCCAUGCUAACACUGUGUGUGUUAACUUGCCUGGAUCCUAUCGUUGUGACUGUGUCAUGGGAUAUGUCCGAGUGGAUGAUUUCUCGUGUACAGAGCAUGAUGAGUGUGGCAGUGGGCAGCACAGCUGUGAUGAGAAUGCAAUCUGUACCAACACUGUCAGAGGACAUAGCUGCACUUGCAAACCUGGAUAUGUGGGGAAUGGGACCAUCUGCCGAGCAUUCUGUGAAGAAGGAUGCAGAUAUGGUGGAACUUGUGUAGCCCCUAACAAAUGUGUCUGUCCUUCUGGAUUCACAGGAAAUCAUUGUGAGAAAGAUAUUGAUGAGUGUGCAGAGGGGAUCAUUGAGUGUCACAACCAUUCACGCUGUGUUAACCUCCCAGGGUGGUACCACUGUGAGUGCAGAAGCGGUUUCCAUGACAAUGGAAGCUAUUCUCUUUCCGGGGAGUCCUGUGUUGAUAUCGAUGAGUGUGCCUUGAAGACCCACACCUGUUGGAAUGAUUCAGCCUGCGUGAACCUGGCAGGAGGGUUUGACUGCCUUUGUCCAUCUGGACCAUCUUGUACUGGAGACUGUCUCCAUGAAGGCGGCUUCAAGCGGAACGGGCAGGUGUGGACCCUGAGGGAGGACAGAUGCUCCGUUUGUUCCUGCAAGGAUGGGAAGAUUUUCUGCAGGAGAACAGCCUGUGACUGCGAGAACCCCAGCGCCGAUCUCUUCUGCUGCCCGGAGUGUGACACCCGUGUCACCAGCCAGUGCCUCGACCAAACUGGGCACAAGCUCUACCGCAGCGGGGACAACUGGACCUACAGCUGUCAGCAGUGUCGUUGCCUGGAAGGAGAGGUGGACUGUUGGCCUCUUUUGUGUCCAAAUCUAAACUGCGAGUACACAGCCACAUCAGAAGGCGAGUGCUGUCCUCACUGCGUCAGUGACCCCUGUCUGGCUGACAACAUCACCUAUGACAUCAGGAAAACCUGCCUAGAUGGCUAUGGAAUCACGAGACUUAGUGGUGCUGUAUGGACAAUGGUGGGAUCUCCUUGUACAACCUGCAAAUGCAAGAAUGGGAAUGUCUGCUGCUCGGUGGAUUUAGAGUGUCUCAACAAUAACUGACGUCCUCAGAGUGGACUGUGCUGGGGGAGGAAAACUGAUGGAGUUAACAUCUGAAAUGAAGCCGUAUGCGUUGGUGUUUUGUACAACAGACAAUUACCAAAGUCUCCGCAAGAGGAAGAUGUUUGGGAGUUGCCUUUGGGACCUAUCACUAUGCUCAUCCUUGCUAGCCUUGUCUGGGUGACUUACAGUACAGCGCAUAUAAGUCAAUGGUUGUUACAAGUUCUCAGUGUUGUAAAUUACACACUUUUCCUGUCAAGACAUUUGCAAACAUGUUUAAAUUAUUUCAUGGGUAUACUAAUGCUGUAUUUUUGUUUUAAUUUGUGUAUUGACAACAUGAUAGAAUUCAGCUCUUCUUACUUUGGAUCUAAAUGUUACAAACGAGACAGCCUGUUGUGAUUUUGUCCCAUGAUAUCACAUACUUAGUUCCAAGGUCCCUGUCGGAUGUAUUUAUGAAAAUAUGUAUGUAUGUACAGUCAGAUUGCAUAGUACUUAUAUUUCACAGCUGUCCAACAUUUUAAAACAUUGAAAGGUAUAUUUGAUUGGAUAGAAUGGAGGUAAUCAAACUGAGUCUGUCUUAUAAAUGCCAUGGCAAAAAGCACUUUCUUUUCCAUGUGUGUGGAGCAGCAGCAAGACUCCCAUAGUGAGCAAUGCUACGAAAACAUCACACCGCCAUUUCAACACAUGUUCAGAAGAGUCAGUAGUCCUUAUCUGUGUUCUGCUUUGCAAGAGAAACUGCAAAUGCUGAAAAAGGGUAUAAUCCCUCUCAGUAUUGCAGUGAGAAAAUGGUCAGCCUUGAGAUGAUGCAGUUUGAAUGGAUUUUGCAGUUUGGUAAGAUUUUGCUGUUGAUUGUAACGUCAUCGAUUAGUUCAGAUUUUUUUCUUUUUUAUAUUUGCAGUGAUAAUGAUGUCCACCCUUCUCAGUAACUGCUGCCGUAAUGGCAAAGUGCAGAAGGUGCUGUGCCAGUGACAUGCAGGACAGCAGACCUUAACUGCUGGUAACUUUCAUUACCCAGUUAAUGGCUCAGUAACAGGUUUUUCUCUUUUUUGUAUUUUACGACAUAGAAAAAGUUUUAAAUUUACCAUGCACACAGUGUCUUUUAGUACAUAAGUUUAGAUAGAAAUACAAAUGAAAACUCGGCCCUGUACUGAGGUUAGAGUUUAGUUUCUCUUCUGUUUAUGCCUACUUUUCUCCGGAGGCUAGAAAGUUUGUGACACUAGAGCAAGAAUAUAUUUCUAUGAUGAUGACAUCUUCAGCUUAAAUGUCACCUUUUUAAUGUGCUGUUGUGUUUUGUUCUGCUCAUUUGUGCAGUGGGUUUUUUUGUUUGCUUGUUUGUUUGUUUUUCUUUUUAUUCAAUUAACUGAACGAGUAUGUGGAAAGGAGUGCAGGAAUAAGUAAAGUGACUACUGUCUGGACAGUCAACAUCUGAGGCUUUCAUAGCUUCGUGCGGAAAACAUGACACUGCUAAAAGAAGAAUGAAGUGUGACUGAAAUGAAAAAAGAGUCUUAAAUGAAGUACUGCCAUGUUUCUUACAAGGGGAAAACUGGCAAAACAAUAUAAAAAAUGAUGUGACGAUUCAGACAGUUUUCUUCCCUUUUUUUUCAAACGUUAUUUGUUUUAUCUAACUCUGGUUUGUGUGGUAAAUUUAUUUUCUUUAAAUGCCCCGUCAUUUCCAGCUAUUGAUGUAUUGACUAUAUUUGCAUUGCCAUAAUGAUUGUAUAAUAAGGGAAAUGGUUGUGUUUUGUAUGAUACUCCAAGGAUGUCUGUAAAUCAUGCCAACUCAUUUUGUAUAUCACAUUGUAAAACCCAACGGUAAUUCAGUUGGAUGAGACAUCCAGUGGGAUGAGAUAUAAAAGGGGAAUGAUUUAAAACUUGUGGGCAUCUAAAUAAACUCCUAUGUACA